CCGCGCUCCGGGCGGAGGCCGCCCUCCCGCUGGCGCCGCGACCGCCGCAGACUCCCACGGCUUCCCAGCCCCCGCGCCGAUCGCGGCGCAAAAGCUUUGCGCGGAGCAGGCGCCGCGGGGCAGCCCCGCCGCCGGGGUCCUCGCCGAGAAGACUGUCGCCAUGGAGACGGGGCUCGCGCCGGCGGCCGUCGUGCCGCGGAGGCGCUGUCCCGGACAGUUGGCGUGACCCGGGCCGGGGCUCCCGGUACCCAGCAGCCCUGACGGCGAACCCUUCUCGGGCUCGCGAUGCCUCGACCCGGCCUCCGCCGCAGUCCUGGCGGGGGCUGCGCCGGGGCACAGCCAACUCCGAGAACACACGUCGCCUAGCGAUGGCGCGGGGCGGGGCCGCGGGCUGUGCCGGCCCGCCGGAGACAUCCGCUUCCGGGGCCGCGGCCAUCGCGCUCCCCGGGUCGGCAGGCGCUGCGGGCUAUGCGCGGCGUCCUGCCCUGGUCCCUCAGUGGUGGCUGCCCUCGCUCUGCCGUCCGCCUUCUGGAGCAGACAUGCUGGAACAUCUGAGCUCGCUGCCCACGCAGAUGGAUUACAAGGGCCAGAAGCUGGCUGAACAGAUGUUUCAAGGAAUUAUUCUGUUUUCUGCAAUAGUUGGAUUUAUCUACGGGUACGUGGCUGAACAGUUCGGGUGGACUGUGUACAUAGUAAUGGCUGGAUUUGCUUUUUCGUGUUUGCUGACACUUCCUCCGUGGCCAAUCUAUCGCCGGCAUCCACUCAAGUGGUUACCUGUUCAAGACUCAUGCACAGAAGACAAGAAACCAGGAGAUAGAAAAAUUAAGAGGCAUGCUAAAAAUAAUUGACUGGGGUUUUCGUGAUUUAGCACCUGCUUUUAUUUCCUGAGAUGAGCUAUACUGCUUUUCAUACCCAAAACAUGAGCCAAAACCAUCUAAGCUCUUACAGCACCACUGUGUCUAGACUUAAUUCUCUUUGUAUUUCAUUUCUAACCCAGUUGAAGUUUGAUUUAUAAAUAUUUUAGACCUUUUCAUAAUCUUGCUGUGAAGUAAAAACAGAAAACCCAAGUAUGGAAAAAGUUUCAGGUGUACAUAAUAAUAAAUGCCUCAUGAUAGUACAGUUUGUCGGUUUAUAA